UUUAUUCCCCACCGCCACCGUAAAUACGACCGUAAUACCGUAAAUAUUAGUAUAGUUUAAGGUGGAUAGCAAAUAACCCAACCAAAUUACGUAGAUUAUGUUUGGCAUGUUGUCAGCUAAUUUGAAGCAUGUUUUUAAUUUUGUCGCACUGCUAUGUUCUGUCCCUCACGCGCGCACGGUAUAGCGUAUCUAUGGAAUCCCACCAUCUAUGUUCACAGAAAAUUAUUCUAACUUUCAACCGAUAGCGACACAUUUUUCUUGUUAAUAGUUUUGUUUCUCUGAUAUUAUAUUAAUAUAAAACUAUCAGAAACCGUUCUAAACAGCUCUCUCGACAGAACAAUGGAAAACGUAAAUCAAACUGAUGAUGCGAAGACCAUUCAGCUGUUAAGUAAAGGUAUAAUGGAGCUGUAUGAACCGCCGUUAGCCACUAUAAACACCCAUUUAAAGGAACUAACGGAAAGGCAAGAAGCAGUCCACAGCACGCUGACUUCAGAGCGGAGGCGGCUAGAAGACUUGCAAAAUGACGCUAUGGUUGAUGCACUUCUGGCGGACAUAGCGACGAGCAGGGAGCGGCUGCUGACCAUCUCCACCUCCAUGAUGGGGCUGCACAAGAGGGUCCAGUCACUACAGGCGCGGGCGGCUGCCGUGGAGAAAGCUGCGAGAAGCCGCGCCGCCAGCCAGAACAAACCGGCCGCCAGUUAGUAGCGGAUACACACCCGACAUAAACAAUACUUACACGUGCGGACCAAAGGAACAUUCCUAUACCUACAUUUAGAGACUAGAAAACAUGAAAAAACCUAGAAUAGGUGACGGUUCAGACUUCUUUUUCGGAAGGAAUCUUAGCCAACAUGAUCUCAGCGACAUCUAUUGGCUCGAAUAUUGAUUUGCAGAACAAUAACAUCUUUUGACAAACGCUCAGUUGGUAAAACAGACUACUUCUAGAACAACUGAUGAGAAUGUUGUCAAGAUUGGGAAGAGACACGCCGCAGAUGGCGGCUGCAGACCCUAAGAUUAAGAAGAAAGCCAUCAGAGAAGCAGAUGAAGCACAGGAAGCCGUUGGCGUCAUCCAGCAAGCCCUGUAUCCACCGAUCACAACAAUGAUACUAGACGGCUGUCAACGCAACGGGUAAGAACUGCAAUCAACAUGUCAAGCGGAGCUGUGUGUCUCUGCUAUCGAUGUGAAUACGCAGCAAAGAGCAAAACUGAUUCUAUAAGGUAUGCUUAGAAUAGAUUAGAAAUGUUCACACGCGUGCUGUGGUUGGAAUCCAUUAAACCCCUUAUAUAUGUAUGGGAAAUUUUAUUGAUGAGUUAAGCUAUCAGUCACUGCAGCAAACGUGUUGAAAUAAUACAUGCAAUCUUGAAAGCCUGCAUUAAAAUGGCCAGGAAUGUAAAUUUAUACAUACAAAAACCAUUUUUUUGUAAACAAAUCAUAAAAUCUUUUUGGAACGUUUAAAAUAGUACAUUACGAUACAAGUGCGAAAAAUAGGAAAUUCGAAACGAGUGGCGAUAAAUUAAAACACGACCGAAGGGAGUGUUUUAAAUCGACACGAGUUGCGAAUUACCUAUUCGCACAUGUAUCGUACAACGUUUUACAGUACAUAUGGCCCUUUAAAUGUUCGACACAGUAACGUAAUAUGCUACUUCUCGCACUAGUGCUAUAAAGUAGCCCCAUAUGUACUGUAAAUGAGAUUAUUAUGGUAAGUUUACAUUUUAGGCUAUUAACAUAAUAUUUUAGACAAACGAAUUCUCCAAUUGUAUGCUCUUAUAUGUAAAAGUCAACCGUUACGGUUGAGCAAUGAUUAUACACCGUGGGCCAAUUAAACCCGACAGAUUUUAACCACGCAUUCCUGAGGUCAUAAGGAGCAAAAAAUAUUACAUGAGUUUUGGCCAAAUUGCGUUUUCUGCACACGACGUUAUUUAUUUUUACACCUUGGUGAAAAAAAAACAUUACAACGAAUAAGUAAAGUUUUUUUUUUACAGACGAAAAUUGCGAGUUUACUUUAAAACUUUAAUAUCUGUCAGUACCUAUGUCUAAACCAAGUCACAUAGUGGCAGCGUCACAGCUAAAAAGGCGUUUUAGACUAAGUUAUAAAAGAAACAAAUUUUCACAGAAAUUGUCAUUAUCUCUAAAACAAGACCGAUUUCAGAAAACAUUGUAUAACAUUUUAGUCUCUAAAUGCGGUCAAGAAUACACUUUUGAAAUCUGUCGGGUUUAAUUGGCCCACGGUGUAUAUGUUAUACCAUACAUUAUUAACUUGCUUGUAUAGUAUAUAGCUACGUCUGAAUUAUGUUUAAAUCGAGAGUAAAUAAUAGCUGUAGCUGAGAAUAUUCGUGCAAUAUAUAAAAUGUACCAUAGAGACACACUUAGAGAUAAGUUUAAGGACAUUAACAUAAUGACAGUACACUGUCAAUAUAUUUAUGAGAAUAUUCUGUAUGUACAUAAAAACAUUGCCAGUUUUAAGAAAAACUGUGAAAUACAUAAUAUUAAUACUAGAAAUAAGCAUAAGCUCGCAGUGCCCUUCACUAGGCUCCAUAAAAUUAAGAAAUCAUUCAUGGGUAAUUGUGUAAGAUUUUACAAUAAACUUCCUAAUAUUAUAACUGAAUUGUCUGUUAGUAAAUUUAAAAAUUAUGUAAAACGUAAGCUUAUCUCUAAAGCCUAUUAUAGCACACAAGACUACAUGAAUGAUGAAACACCGUGGGAUUAAGUGUGAUUGUAAAGAAUGAAUUAUUUAUUGUUAUGUUAUUAAUGAUGAAAUUGAUAAUUCAAUGUAUAUAUAUACCGUAUUUUUUGACAUUUAGAUUUUAUUCUAGAAAGGUUCUAGACUAGUAUUUUUAUACAAUUUUGAUGUAUGACGAUCUUUUUAUGAAAUUCUUAUUAUUAAGUUUACCAUAUCUAUAAUAGUUCAAUGUUUUUUUUAGAACAAUAAUAACUGCAUCAAUAAAUUGCUCUGAUAUUUAGAUUAAGAUGAUAUUUGUAAAAUUUGACGAUUUAAAAGUGCUUGUUGCUAGGCCUAUUUGAAUAAAGAAUAUUUUGAUUU